CUCCUCGAAAGCCAAGGCCAGCCACCCCCACCCGGACCCGCGGCGCGGCCAUGGCGGACGCGCCCGCCGCGGCGUCGCCGCUUCUGCUGCCACGGAAGUCGUCGUCGCCGCCGUCGUCGAGCCACAAGCCGCCGCCGCAGCAGCAGAAGCACUACGCGCGGUGCGCGUCGCACGCGCGGGACGAGCUCCACAGCUUCCGCGCCUGCCUCGGCUGGCUCUGCGUCGACCGCUCCACGGCGCCGCGCCGCGCCGCCUCGUGGGCGGUGUUCUUCCUCCUCGCCGUCGCGGUCCCGUCGGCCGUCGUCGUGUCCGCCCUCGCGCUCCGGGACGACGCCGCCCCCGCGCCGCCGCGGCCGUUCGACGGGCAGGUGCAGGUGUCGCUCACCCUGGCGGCCACCAUCGCGUACCUCUCCCUCACGGCGUUCCUCCGCCGGCGCGGCCUCCGCGAGCUGCUCUACCUCGACCGCCUCCGCCACGACUCCGAGGAGGUCCGCGUGGGGUACAUGGCGGAGCUCGCGGGCUCCUUCCGCGUCCUCGCCUGCCUCCUCUUCCCCUGCGCCCUCGCCGAGGCCGCCUACAAGGCCUACUGGUACUGCGCCGCCCCGCCGUUCCGCUCCCCGUGGUGGUCCGCCGCCGCCUGCGUGCUCGAGCUCGCCUCCUGGGCAUACCGCACCGCCGUCUUCUUCAUUGUCUGCGUCCUCUUCCGGACCAUCUGCUACCUGCAGAUCCUGCGGAUGAAGGGGUUCGUGCGCGAGUUCUGCAGGUUCACCGACGUCGCCGCCGUGCUCGAGCGCCACCGCGUCAUCAGGAAGCAGCUCCACAAGAUCAGCCACCGCUACCGCCGGUUCAUACUCUGGUGCCUCGUCCUCGUCACCGCGAGCCAGUUCUCCGCGCUGCUCGCCACCACAAGGCCACACGCGCAGAUCAACCUCGCCACCGCCGGCGAGCUCGCGCUCUGCUCAAUCAGCCUCGUCGCCGGUUUGCUGGUCUGCCUCCAGAGCGCGGCCAAGAUCACGCACAAGACGCAGGCGAUCACGAGCGUCGCGGCGGGGUGGCACGCCGACGCCACCAUCAACGCCUUCAACAACGACCAGGAGAACCCCAACCCGGACCUGCCGGCCAUCAUCGGCUACAUGGCGCCGGCGAACGCCUACUGGAUGGCCUCCGGCGAGGAGUCCGACUACGAGUCCUCCGCCUCCUCCUCCAGCGACGACGAAUCCGGCGACUCCAAGUACAUUCCUUUCCAGAACAACAACAUCUGCUUCCAGAAGAGGCAGGCACUGGUGACGUACCUGGAGAACAACCGGGGCGGCAUCACGGUGUACGGCUUCGUCGUCGACAGGACAUGGCUGCACGCGCUGUUCAUGAUCGAGUUCUCCCUUGUCAUGUGGCUGCUGGGGAAGACGGUCGGUAUUUCCUGAACCUGAAGCGCGUGCUGCCACCUGUUGAAAUUUCCAGCUCUCCUGCUGCCGCGCCGAGAUUUCUGAAUAUGUUCAAAAAGGUUUCUGCUUCACCUCAUGCUUCCUGGGAUGUACAAAAUCGAGUGCAGAAUUUGCAGAUAGUUCAGUUUGUGUGCCACAUCCGACACAAACAAUGCCAUCGUUCUGAACGUUUACCUUUUUUUUUUGUUCUUACUUUGAGGGAUUCUGAUUGAGCAUUAGUUGUUGCAUGAGAAUAAUGAGAUGGAAUGAUGGAUAGUUACCCAGCUUGAUUUGAUGAGAUAUUAAGAGAACAGUAAUCGGUGUAUAAUGUAAUUCUGUAAAGAAUGAUUUCAUGAAAUGGUUUAGAUUGA